GAUGAAGAUAGUCAAAGAGAGGGCCCUGCCUGAUAUAGAAAACUAUAUGUUUGAGAAUCACGACCAACUUCGACAGGCAGCCACAGAGUGCAUGUGCAACCUGGUGGUCAACAAGGAGGUUCAGGAGCGGUUUGUGGCUGAUGGAAAUGACCGGCUGAAGUUGGUGGUGUUACUGUGUGGUGAGGAUGAUGAGAAAGUCCAGGUUGCAGCGGCAGGAGCCCUGGCCAUGCUUACAGCAGCACAAAAGAAACUCUGCUCUAAGAUGACUGAAGUGACCACCCAGUGGCUGGAAAUCCUGCAGAGGCUCUGCUUGCAUGAUAACGUGGAAGUGCAGCACCGAGGACUGGUCAUCGCUUUCAACUUAAUCGGUGCUGACAAAGAGCUAGCGAAGAAGCUGGUGGAGACAGAGUUCCUAGAGAUUCUAACAUACAUUGGCAAGCAAGAAGAUGACCCCAAGAAGCAACACAUCAUUAAUGUAGCACGUGAUUGCCUCGCAAGGUGCAUGGAUUAUGGGCUGAUCAAACCUCUCUCUCAGGAAUGAGGAAAUGAAAAGCACCAAAAAAGGCUGAGUAGGGGGGGAAAAGCUACUGAGGAAUGUGGAAAA